AUGGAGCUGAUGGGUAACAAUUUACUCCACUGGACAGUAACCAUCUAGGGUCCGCCAGAAACUCCAUACGAGGGCGGGGUAUUUCGCCUUGAAAUUGUAUUUCACGGGGAUUACCCCUUCUCCCCGCCAACGGUGGUCUUCCGAAUGGGAGUGUACCACUGUAAUGUGGCUCUCUCGGGUUACAUCUGCCUGGACAUACUCAGCACGGAGUGGUCAUCGGCGUUGGGAGUGUCGCCAGUGUUGCUCUCAAUUGUGUCGCUGCUGGCGGACCCUAACUCCGACGAUCCGGUAGACCCUUCUGUUGGAAAUUUAUACAUGGAAAACCGCAAGAAUAACGAGGCGAAGGCACGCGAGUGGACCAAGAAGUAUGCCAAACCUGACCGGAAGGGCCAAUAG